GUAGCUACAUUCACUGAAACUGAUUCCAGACUGAAAUCAGAGAUUGCUCGGACAAUAUUAAAGAGUGAUCAGUUUGCGUCAAAAAUAAACAAUACGAUUUCUGAUGUAAUUGAAAAAAUAAAUAAUGUCAAAAUGAAAUUCUCCGACCUUGAAUCUAAGCAAAAAAUACUGUAUUAUAACAUCACUGAAAAAACAAAGAAAUUGCAGCAAAACGAUGAAAUAAUGAAAGGAAGAAUAACAGUGAUUUCUGGAGAGAUCAAACGUACAAAGGACAUGACCACUUCUUUACAGCAUCAAAUAAACAGAAAUAAAUGUCAAAGUGGACUUGUAAAAUCUUCAUACACUACAAAACCAAAUAUGGUAUCGGAUAAGAGUGUUCGCUUUGCAAGGCCCUUUCAAAAUAAACCAAAUGUCGUGUUUGGUCUCUCUGUAUUUGAUUCCAGCUCCAAAACAAAUGCUCGUUUGAAUUCCUAUCUAAUAAAGUUAGACAGAUACGGAUUCACACUAAGAAUUUCAGCUUGGGGAGGAACAGUAAUGUACCAAACACAUUAUUUUUGGAUGGCUUGUCCUUAAUGUAUCCUUGCAAUGUAAAUUCAAACAUAUACAAGUGUUUUUAUUUUCCU